AUGUUAUCAAUGAGUGCGGGGUUUGAGGGCAUCAAGGAGUCGAAUGCAAUGGCUCGUGUGACCAACAGGGAUGCGAAAGUCACAUCAUACCCAACUCAACUCAUUUGUCCGGCCCUCACUUUGAUACCAUUCAGAACCGAUCACAUCAUGUCCGACGAGACUAUCCCAGCCAUUUGGCAUGCAGAGACCAACGGGAAUGCGCCUCCCAAAUGCAGAAAGAAUUUCCACCACCCCCAGGUGACUGUACUACCGCAGCACAAUCAUCUGCUCUCCCUGAUGACCAUACUCCGUGAUGCCGAAACUACGGCUUCACGAUUCGCUGAAGUAGUAGAAAGGGUGGCAGAGCAGCUCGUCGGGGCAGCUCUCAAUCUCCUGCCAACCGAGAAUGCGGACGUGAUUAGCCCCACGGGUACCACGUACCGGGGUGUACGACAGACCCAAGAUGUCUGCGGAGUGAGCAUACUCCGGGCCGGUGCGAGUCUGGAGAAUGCUGUGCGCCGUUGCUACACCGGUCCUCUUAGCUUUGGCAAGAUAUUGAUCCAACGGGACGAGACGACAUGUCUUCCCUCUCUUUUGUACUCGAAGCUGCCUCUGGGAAUUGAAACUAAGACGGUCUUGAUCCUGGAGCCAAUGUUGGCGACUGGUGGCUCGGCGUGCACAGCAAUCAAAGUCAUUAAAGAUCGCGGCGUUCCUGAAGAGAACAUCAUCUUCGUCAACGUUCUAUCAUCACAGCGCGGGGUCCAAACUCUCUUCUCUCGCUUUCCGUCUAUUCGUUUAGUCACUGCAGCGGUAGAUGAGGAGCUUACUCCGAGAAAGUUAGUACUGAGGAAGCGUCCAAAUGCUCUGAAUGAUGCUAAUUAG